UCAAAAACUGAAUAAAAAAUAAUAAGGGCCACCAUAAGGGGACAGCCCUUUACCUGCUUAAAAUAGUCAUUUUAUCAAUGAAAUUCUGAUUAGGCUUCUUAAUUUUUCAGGUAUUGUCACGAAUGAAAACGAAACCAACCGGGAAGUACAAUCUGAUAAGACUAUUCCUGAUCUCACAAAAAGCCACGAUGAUAUUAAUUCAGAAGCAGAAACAUCUGCUUGUCCAAGCGGAACUUACAAGGGUGAUUUUGACACAGAAAGUUUAGCAAGUUCUUCUACAGCUAAUCGUUUUUCAGCUCUGAAUUUUUUUAUAGAGGAAGAUGCCAUUAGUGAAGCCUCCUCAAAACCGAUCGCUUAUGUCAGUCCUAUGAAGAGACCAAUAGGCUCACAAGAGGAAAAAAGCUCUGAGGAUGAAAACGAUGAUUCUGUCGCAUACAAUCAUGCGGAUGCUAAUGACCAACCUCAACCUAGCACAUUGAAUCAUGAAGAUGAAAACGAGCAACCUGGUGCAUCAAACCUUGAGGAUGAAAACAACCAACCUGCCUCAUCAAAUCAUGAGGAUGAAAAUGACCACAGUGUUGCAUCAAAUAAUGAGGAUCAGUCUGCAACAUCAGAUGCUGACUAUCAACCAUCUGACAGUGCCUCUGAUGACGAUUCCUGUGAUGAAAUCCAUUCUCCAGUCCCCAAUGAAACUAAAAGAAAGAAAGAAAACUCUCAACGAAAGGAGAAAUAUUCAAAAAACUCAGGAAACGUAGAUGCUUCAAGUAUAAAUGACCCACCAGCAGUUGAAACUAUCGUUCCUUCCACAUCAGUUGCGUCGAAAAAGAAGAAAAUAACGAAGAAGCGCACCAAAAAAGUAUCAUCAGAUAUCAUAUUGCCAACGAUUUCGAAGGAGCAAACUAAGAAUAAAAGAGUUUUCGAUAAGAGACAUUGUUGUCUAUUUUGUCAAACUUUUCAUUAUCACAUUGUCCGGCAUUAUGAGCGGUGUCAUAAGUCAGAGCCUGAAGUAAGGGAUUUACUUCUCUUACCAAGGCGAAGUCGGAGAGGUGAAAGUAGAAAUGAUCGAGACCAUAAAUUUACGUUGCUUCUCCGCGAAGGUGACUUUUAUCAUAAUUGUUCUGUAUUGAGCACGAAACAAGGAAACUUAUUGCUGGUAAGGCGUCCCACUGAGAUGGAUUCCAGGCUGUAUACUUAUGCGGAUUACACGCCAUGUCCGUAUUGUCUAGGAUUCAUAUUGAAGAAAAACCUGAGCCAACAUACUUUGAACUGUGUAGGGGUGUCAGCAGAAAUGCAAAAAAGGAAAGCGGAAGGGCAUAUAGAAGAUAUUAUCUCCAAAAGUGAGGCUCUUUUGGGAAAUUGCUCUGCCAUAUCAAUAGAUCAAGAGUUUUACCAAAAUAUUAUGACCCGUAUGAAAGACGACGAAAUAACUGGCAUCGUAAAAAAUGAUACUUUGAUUUUACAACUAGGUGCAUUCCUAUACGCUAAGUUCAACGUAACGCAAAAAGAAUAUAUUAGACAAUCAAUGCGUAUGCUUGCCAGAUUUUUACUUGAAAUUCAAAGCAUCGACGAAAAAAUUACUUCCUUGCCUAUGUGUUUCGACCCUGGAAAUUUUGAUCAUAUUCUGCAAGCUGUGCAACAUUUAUGUAUUGCUGAAAAGCGGAACUUAGAGCGAGUUAAUUUUCAAAAGGCUGCACUAUUAUUGAAGCUGGGGCCAUUAUUAAAAAAAACGAGCACCCUUCACAGAGGUAUGUGUCUCAGGCAACUGAACAGCGAGGACCCGAAGGUAAGAGAAGAAGCAAAGCAAGGUAACAAUAAUGCGAAAAAUUUCAUCGAGUUAAUGGAACUGGAGUGGAAAACUCGACUUUCAUCGACUGCCUUGUCUAAUCUAAAAGAGCGGAAGUACAAUUGCGGUGAGUUGCUCCCACUUACUGAAGAUCUUAUGAAGUUACGAGCUUUUGUUGAUGCUGAAUUGAAUCGUGUACUUAAGGAACUGAAGGAGAGUAUCACUAUCCCACAAAGCAGGUAUUUCAGCGAACUUCUACUGGUCAGUGUUAUUUUGUUUAAUAAAAAGCGAACAGGUGAGGCAGCAAAAAUGAAACCAGCGCACUAUGAGAAGCGGCCCAACUGGCAUGAAAAUUCAGCCGAUGAGUUGAAAGCAGCCAUGUCACCCUUGGAAAGAAAGCUUGGCGAAAAUAUGGCUGUUUUGGACAUACGAGGAAAACAUGAUAGGUCUGUCCCUGUUGUAUUGACGAAAGAAAUGCAGGAAGGAAUUGAAUUCCUUUUAAAACAUCGGACUCAGAUCGGAAUCAACAAAAACAAUCCUUAUAUUUUUGCUAUUGCAGGAUUUGAUGAAGCCCAUUUACGUGGUCAUGAUUGCGUACGUAAAAUCUGCGGUAAAUUACCCCUGGUAAAACCUAGAUUGAUCCAAGGCACAAAAUUAAGGAAAUAUAUUGCCACCGUUACACAAAUCCUCAACCUAUCAACAAAUGAGACAGACUGGCUCGCUCGCCAUUUGGGUCAUGAUAUUGCGGUGCAUCGUGACUUCUACAGACUUCAUGACUCAGCAAUCGAAGCCACCAAAGUAAGCCGAAUCUUAUUGGCAGUUGAUUCUGGUCAGGUGAACAAGUUUGCAGGGAAGAAACUAAAUGAAAUAAAUUUAAAUGAUUUGCCAGACUUGGACAGCGAACAACCUGCAGUGUCCGUAGAUGUCUUCUUAAAUGAUGAUAAUGAGGUAUGCGAGAAUGAACCCGUUGCCAAUGAACCAGAGACUCGCAAUACACUCCUGGCAAAUACUCAACAAAAUGAAGAAUUGGGAAACGUUAAUGAGAAUGGACCACAUGAAAAUGGACCAUAUGAAAAUGUUCCGCCUCCAGAUUGCGAAACCGUGAAGCGUGUGUCCAAGAGAAAAAAAGAUAUUUCAAAAGAGUUACCGCAUUCAGAGAAGGAGAAUCCGAAAAAACCCAAACGGAAGCCUCCGCUUCGGACUAGAAACCAGAAAAUAGAAGAUGACUCCGACAGUUAUGAGCCAAGUUCUGAUGGGGAUUCUGAGAAGGAGUACGAAGAAAUUGCGAAGAAAAGAAGGCCGAAUGUGCAGAAAAAAUUAGUCACAAAGGGCAAGCAAGUUCAUACGCCUUGGUCCACUGAUGAACAGAUGGCUAUCACAACGUUCUUUAAAAAUCAAAUUCGAAAUUUCAAAACCAUUGGACUUAAAGACGCAGAGGAAUGCAUUAAUGCUAAUCAAGCUGCUCUGUCAAGACGGACCGUCCUAAAUGUUAAACAUUGGUAUUUUAACUACCUGAAAAAACUAAAAAAAAUGAUGGGCAAAGAUAAGUAAAAGAGUAAAGAUCUUAUUUGCAUUAUAGUUAUCUAAGUUCAUGAAGAGCACUUUACAUGUAAUAGCUUUUAAUACCCAUUAUCACUGAUUAAAACAAUAAUUGUAGAUUUAUUAUUGACCGAUUAUAAAACUUAAAGUGUGAGACUGAAUUAUGAGGAUUAUAAGACUGAAAUAUAUUUACGGAGACCGAUUAUUUUAUUUUUUUUUCAUCAUAAGUUGACCUUGUACUAUCAGUUUUAUUUUGAACUUGUUUUUAAAUAUAGUACCUUAUUUUAUUCAGCAAAAA